AGCGAGUUUGACGAAGGCAGAGUUCGUGCGUUCAAUCUCUCCGCGUCCUGCCUCUCUCUUCAUACAGUGAGACCCGCCGCUGAACCGGGAUGGAGAAAACGCUGAAGGACCACCUUGUGGACACCCUGGACGACCUAGACGAAGGGCAGUUUAACAGGUUCAAGGACAAGCUGGGAGAAACGACGUUCCAGGGGCGCAAGAUCGCCAAGGGGAAGCUUCAGAAAGCGACAACCCUGGAAGUAGCGAGUUUGUUAAUCAGCACCUACACCAAAAAGUACGCCGCUGAGAUCACAAUAUUGAUAUUGAGAGCCAUAAAUGAGGUAGACCUAGCCAAAGAGUUGGAAAAAAAAACUGGAGCCGUUGUGAACGUGGUAGGCCUCGAAUCCUCUCCCCCACACGCUGGGGUCCCGGGUGAAGUUGAAGAAGUGAUUGAAGGCCCUGUCUCGCUUCUGAGAACCCACAAGGUGCGGCUGAUCGAAGUGCUGUCCAACGACCCCAGCCCCAUUGAGCAGGGGGUUCACUCCAAGGGGCUACUCUCCGACAGGAAAUACAGAAAUAUCCGAUCCAUCAACGACCCCAGCGAGAAGAUUGCGGAACUGCUGGACUUCAUCAUGGGCAAGGGCAGCGGGGCGGCGCAGGAGUUCAUAGAGCUGCUCAGGAAGCUGCAGGACGAUUUCCCCACCCUGCCUGCUGAACUGCUAGGAGUCAACAGGAAUUAGGGCUGGAAGGCAACUUGACAAGCAAACUCACAUUAGAAAGAUGUGAGGAUUUAUCUGAGGAGCAGCUGAAACAGGAAUUUGAAAAGGUGGGAGGAGACGGUGAAGAGACUGGACUUAAAGGUGUAGAGAAGCGAGACAUUGGAUGAGAUGUUUAUAACACUAUGUAACACAAUUUUUGUUCCUGGGUAGUAAGUGUUAUUUCCUAAUUGCUUAUGCCUCAAAAGUAUAGAAAAUGGCUAUUAUUCCCCACAAACUUUGCUUUUGUGACCAGGACAGUGAUAUUUUGAAAUGUACCUAUGAAACUAAUGCGUCUUUUUUUCUGGUAAAAAUGUGUUUAUUUCACGGUUUAAAAAAUAGUUAUUUCAAGAUAUUUCACGAUUUUCAAAUCAUUAAUAUUAAUGAAAACAGGGGGGGAAAAAAAAUCACAUUUAAAAUGUAAUCAUUUCCCAGCGUUAUUAUAAUUUUUACAACAAAUGUUCCUGAAUAUUUAAAUGCUUACAUAAAAAAAAUGCUAAAUUUGUAGAAUGUUUUGGGGUUUGUUUAUCUAUAUCUAUAUCUAUAUCUAUAUCUAUAUCUAUAUAUAUAUAUCUAUAUAAUCCACCUUUUUAAAGACAUUCUAUUUUCAACGUCAGUGAAUUGUCAAACUAAAUAAAAAAGUAAGUAAAUCACAAAUUAACAACAAAAACGUGAAAUCUGUGAGAAGAAAAAUACAGCCUUACUAAUCUCUUAAGUGCAGCUGUGUGUAACCGCAUUGACCUGUCCAUCAGAAAACUGUAUUGUUUAUCCUGGGGACCUGGUGGGGAGUGGAGAGUGGAGAGUGGAGAGUGGAGAGUGGAGAGUGGAGAGUGGAGACUGGGGACUGGGGAUUG